UUAUACGUAAUAAAACAAACAUGAGCACGAAGAAAGAACAAAAAUCUGAAAUUUUGAAAAAAUCGGAUAAAACAAUAGAUAGUCAUCGAGAAUUCUUGGAUAUGGAUACCGAUGAAGAAGAUUUUGGUCACCAAGAAUCACCUGACGCAGAUGAAGAACUUGUUCCCUCAGAACCUGAAAAGCCUAUAUUCUCUGAAAAAGAUUUAGUUGCUUUAAUGAAUUAUGUGAAAUAUUUGACGAUACAUUCUCAAAAUGACAUAAGUUGGAACAAACAUUCUGAUAAAAUAAUUCAAGAAUAUUUUAAGAAUCCAUCAUAUACAGUAUUAACUACAUUUUAUGAUAAAAGUGAAUUAAACGCUAUGUUGGGUAUUCCAAUAUAUGCAUCUGAAGGAUUUACAUAUUUCUUAAGAUCAUCAUGGCAAAUUUAUACUCCAGAUAAUUUUUUAAAAACCGUUUCAUUUGGCAGUAUUAGUAAUAAUAUUAAAAAUAAUACCCUAAAAUUCAUGGAAAGUAUAUACGCACCGAUUAUGCUUCACAACGAAGAUUAUGCUUCAUUUUUAAGAUGUGAUAUGUUUUCAAAUUUACAUGAGUUUAUUAUACGUCUAAUGGAAGAAAUUUAUAAAUCAAUGAGUAGAACUAUUUUAUAUGUACCAAAGGAACAUCUUCUCCAAACAUUUUUAAAGUCCUCGGAUACAGACAAUUAUUUUUUAUUAGGUACGAAUCAAACGACAAUCGUUUCAGAAGAAUAUGAAAAAAAACGUAAAUUAAUCCGCAGAUUAGAGAAAAUAGUUUGGUUUUGGAUUAGACAGAUACAUAGAGCAACGAUGACAUCAAUAAGAAGACAAAUUAACAAUAUACAAGAUGAAGUAGAUUAUUGGAAUGCAAAACAUUCAGAUUUGAAUCAUUUACAUGCUCAAUUUCGUAAUACGGAAGUUCAAUUGAUCAUCAACAUAUUAAAAAACUUAUAUUCUCCAAGCGCAAGUAAAUUACAGGAGUUAACUGUGUAUAUUGAUAUAGGAUUAGAAGAGGCCCAAUCAAAUUUGAUAUAUUUAAAUAUUCUACUUCAUUUUUGUAAAAAUUUAAAUAUUCUAGAAGAUGUCGAAAACUCUGUAACAGAAGCAUUGCUUCUUAUAUUAUUCAUUUGGACAGAAUCACCAUUUUAUUCUACAAAAAUUAAUAUGGAAAUAUUAUGUCAAGCAUUAAGUUCACAGAUAAUUGAACAAUGUAAAAAACAUAUCAAAUUUGACAUUGUUCUUGGAAAUAAUCCUGAAAUGGGAAUACAGAUGCUAAAGAAAUGUAUAUUCUGUUGUAACAUUUAUAAAACAAUUUAUGAGGAUAUUAUGAUACAUGUAACAUCUUAUAUUAAUCCGGAUAAAAAAUGGGACAUAAAUCAGCAAGAAGUUUUUAGUAAAAUUGAUAUUUUUAAACAGAGAUGCUGUGAUGUCAUUGAAAUUUCUAAAGUUUUAACAGUAUUCGGAAGAAAUACUAAAAUAGGAUUAAUUGGAGGUCCAAACGGAAGCGAAUUUGAAGCGUAUUUGCGGGAAAUUGAAUCUUUAUUUUACGAAAGUUUAAAUGAAAUUAUAAUGGCACAUGACAUCGUAUUCGAUGUUACGAGACCUAUUUGGUUUCUAAAGAUUAAACAAUUUAGAUAUACAGUUUUGCAAUUAGAAAAUAUGGUAAUAAAUUUAAUUAAUGAUAUAUUUACGAGCAUAAGAAAUAUAGAAGAAGGUAUCGAGACAAUUUAUGCUUUACAAAAAUUUAAAAAAAGAGAAAAUUUACGAGAAUUAUUGCAAAAAAAAUGGAUACAGAUAUGGAAAAUAUUUAGUAAUGAAAUCGAAUACUGUUAUAUUAAUGCAAUUAAUCAGUCAAAAAAGGAAAUUAGUGUUAACAUAAAUUUAUUAUGCAUUUUACAAUACUUAAAAAAACAGCAUUCUAUAAUCACAAAUGCAGUAGACUGGAUAGGAGAUUGUGAUUUUGAAAAGUGUGUUUUACAACAAUAUGAACAUGUAUUAAAUGUAAUUGACAAGCGAAGUAAGAUGCUUAAGAGUUACAGUAUAAGUAAAACGCAGUAAUGCAAAGUUUUAUGUUAUUAAAACUACGAUAGAAGGUAAAAAUAAUGUCAUUUUGAAAAAAGAAAUAAUGAAGAAAUUGAUUAUAAAAAUUUCGUGUCACUGCAUUAUCAAAAUAAUGAUAUUGCUAUACUUUUGGACGGGGUACUGUACUUGUCAUUUUUUCACACAUAUAUAUCUUUUUAUUUUAGAUUUAAAAUGAAUAAAUUUAACCAAUGAAAUUAAAUUUAAACAUUAACUAAUCCAUUUCACAUAAUAUGGAAUGUUUAUCUGCUUAUUUGAUACGAAAUAUUUAUAUUAAUAUUAUUAGUUAUUAAUAUUCAUUCUGAAUUUGUGGUAGACUUAUAAAUACAUCAUUAAUACUUUUCAGGAUUAAGGAAUAAUUUCAUUCUACAUUUUUUUUUGUUUAAAAUCUUAAGUAAUAUAGCAUACAUAAAUCUUUCGAA